AUGGAGCAAUUAAAACCGCCGUCUCCGUUGGAUUUGGAGGCGAGGAAUCUCCCUCAAGCUUGGAGGUUGUGGAGGGAAGAAUUUGAAUUGUUCACAGAGCUUUCAGUCACAGGAGAUGAUGGGAAAAAAGUGAAACUGUUUCUCUAUUUGGUGGGAUCUAAAGGUAGAGAGCUAUACAAGACCUUGAAGUUGGAGAAUACAAACCCAUCAACUGGUGCGACGACUGAACCGGUAGUGACAUUGCAGGCAGUGCUAGACGCAUUCGAAAAGCACUGCAAUCCCCCGAAAAAUGAAACUGUUGAUAGGUAUAGAUUUUUCACCCGCCAGCAGGCAGCAGGAGAGACAUUGGAGCAGUAUAUCACUGAUUUGAAGGUACUGGCGAGCAGCUGCAAUUUCCGUGAUCUGCAUGAUUCAUUGCUGAGGGAUAGGAUCAUCGGAGGCAUCAAAGAUGAUGCAGUACGGGCGAGACUUCUACGAGAAUCCGAUUUGACACUGGACAAAGCUAUCCAGAUCUGUAGGGCUGCCGAACUUUCAAAAGAACGCAUGACAGUGUUCGACAAGGCCCAAGAUGUGCAUGCUGUGAGAAAAGCUAAGAUGAAUGGAGCUCAACAGAAACAGAUAAAGUGCAAGUUCUGUGGGAGAUCACAUGUCUUUGAUAAAAAUAAAUGCCCGGCAUUCGGCAAGAAAUGUAACAAAUGCCAGAAAGACAACCACUUUGCCAGCGUCUGCACUUCUGCAAAGCCAGCUGGAAAGGUUAGACGUGACAAGAAAUCGGUCAAUGCAGUUGAUGAAGAAGCGGAGGAUGUAGAGGAAUUCUUCGUAGAUGUCAUCAGGGCAGCAGACGAUACCGAUGACUGGUUUGUUGACCUGAAAGUGAACUCCAGAAAGGUGAGAUUCAAGUUAGACACAGGGUCCCAGUGUAACAUCAUACCAGAACUGGUGAGAAAAGAGUUGCAGUCCCCAUUACGGAAGUCAAAUUCAAGACUGAUAGUAUACUCAGAGCACAAGAUGAAGCCUCUAGGCAAGACUCAACUUAUCUGCGAACACAAGUCAAAGUUCUUUGACCUAGAGUGCCAGGUGGUGGAGCUGAGGUCACAACCAAUAUUGGGCCUACCUUCCUGUAAGCUGCUGGGUUUAGUUAAAAGAACAUAUGCUGUACGAGAGGAGACUACUGAAGUCAAUGACAAGUAUCCUCACCUCUUCCAGGGACUAGGGUGCAUGCCAGGAAAGCAUCAGAUUCAUGCUCCUAGAAUACUUCCCGUAGCUCUGAGGGAGAGGGUCAGAGAGGAACUUAAAAGAAUGGAAGACCUGAAUGUCAUUGAAAGGGUGACACAGCCGACAGCUUGGGUUAAUAGCAUGGUCACAGUUGCUAAGAAGAACAGCGACAGAGUGAGGAUAUGUCUUGACCCCAAGGAACUAAACCAAGCUAUAGAGAGGGAACACUAUCCAAUGAGAACCAUUGAAGAAGUUGUAGCAUGUAUCCCCAAUGCCAAGAUAUUCAGUACUCUAGACGCGAACUGUGGGUACUGGCAGCUACAACUGGAUGAGGCAAGCUCAGAUCUGUGUACCUUCAACACACCAUUUGGAAGGUAUAAGUACAUCAGAAUGCCCUUUGGCACUAAUUCAGCACCUGAGAUUUUCCAAAGGACAAUGUCACAAAUGUUGGAAGGUUUAGAAGGCGUUGAUGUAGUGAUGGACGACAUCCUAAUCUGGGGAACCACAAGGAAAGAACAUGAUGAACGCCUAGAUGCAGUGUUCAGAAGGCUGCAAGAGAACAAUGUCAGACUGAAUGAAAGCAAGUGUAAGAUUGCAGUAGACGAAGUGAAGUAUAUUGGACACUUGCUGACUGCUAAUGGACUGAAACCUGAUAUGAUGAAAGUAGAAGCAGUCAAGAACAUGACGCAGCCUGCCAAUAAGAAAGAACUUCAGAGAUAUCUAGGCAUGAUCAACUAUCUUGGCAAGUUUCUGCCAAACUUGUCUGAAGUUACUGCACCCCUGAGGAAACUCUUGGUGAAGGAGAACGACUGGCAGUGGCAUCAAGAGCACACUACAGCAUUUGAGAAGCUGCAGCAAAUGGCAACUGAAGCUCCAAUACUGCAGUUCUAUGAUGUGAAUCAACCAGUGACUGUAAGUGUGGAUGCAUCACAGAAUGGUGUAGGUGCGGUCCUUCUACAGAACGAAAAGCCAGUCGCAUAUGCCUCAAAAGCCUUCACGGACUGUGAAAAAAGGUAUGCCCAAAUCGAGAAGGAACUGGCAGCAGUAGUCUACGGGGCAGAAAAGUUCCAUCAGUAUGUUUUCAUGAGGAAGUUUGAGAUAGAGUCUGAUCACAAACCCUUGGAGACCAUCAUGAAAAAGCCUCUAGCGGACACCCCACCGCGUCUUCAAAGAAUGCUUUUGAAGCUACAAAAGUAUGAUUGCAAGCUAACCUACAAAAGAGGGAAAGAGAUGUACAUCGCAGAUGCAUUGAGCAGAGACUUUAUCCCGAAGAGUGAAGUCGAUGAGGAAAGCCAGGACAUAGCAGUCUGCAUGGUGGAUAAUCUACCAAUGUCAGCAGCUAGACGAGAUGAGUUGGAGAAACAAACACAAGCUGAUCCUGAGCUCAGGAAGCUGAUGGAGAGUGUUAAGGAAGGCUGGCCUGAGAUGAAACAGGAUGCAGACAAAGAAAUUAGACAGUACUGGCAGUACAGGGAUGAUAUCACUACAGAAGGUGGCCUACUCUUCAAACUACAGAAGGUGAUCAUUCCUAGCUCAAUGAGAAAACUGAUGCUGGAGAAACUCCACCAGAGCCACCAAGGAGUGGAAAAGACCAAGAGAUUGGCCAGAGAUGUGCUGUUCUGGCCAGGCAUGAACGCUGAUAUAGCAGAGCUGGUUGAAAGAUGUGACAUCUGCAGCAGACAUAGAGCCAGCAACCAAAAGGAGCCUAUGCAUGGUCAUGACUUACCUGGGAGACCAUGGCAAAAAAUUGGAAGUGAUCUGUUUGAGUUUGAUGGGUCUACUUACCUGAUCUUGGUAGACUAUUACUCAAACUACUUUGAAAUCAACAAGCUGACAAGUACCUCCAGCAAAGCAGUCAUAGCUAUAUGUAAACAGCAGUUUGCACGGCAUGGUGUCCCAGACGAAGUGAUUUCAGACAAUGGACCCCAAUAUGCCAGUGCAGAAUUCCACCAAUUCUGUGUCGAAUAUGGAGUGACACACAAGACAUCCUCUCCCAGAUAUCCACAGAGUAAUGGGAAAUCAGAAAAAGCUGUGCAGAUAGCUAAAAAUAUCUUGAAGAAGUCAGCAGAUGAUGGUAAAGAUGUUCAUCUGGCUCUUCUGGCAUACAGAAACACGCCAGGAGACGGCCUUCCCUCACCUGCACAGAUGCUGAUGGGCAGAAGGACUAAGACAACUAUUCCUACAUCAGGGAGACUUUUGCAGCCCAGCACUGUAAGCCGAGAGGACAUCAUGGACAGAAAGAAAGAGCUGCAAAGACGUCAAAAGCAGUUCUAUGACAAGGGCACGAAAGACCUCUCUGUGCUCGAACCUGGUGAUAUGGUGACAUACCAAGACGGCAAAGUAUGGCGACCAGCUGUUGUCAUAAAAAAAGAUGAAUCACCCCGCUCAUACAUCAUUGAAGGAGAAGGAGGAGUGCAUUAUCGACGAAAUAGACGCCAUCUCCAGAAGAGACCUGGAUGCCAACUAGGUCAUUACUAUGAUGACCUGGAGGAAGUGGACACCUCUGACAACUCUAACAUAGCAACAUCUCAGAGAUCAUCUAGCCAAGAUAAUACUCAACGUGGACAUCGCUACCCGCAAAGAAAGCGAAGACGCCCUGUUAGGUUAGAUCUAUAG